UCAUGCCUGUCAAACAAGAAAUAUUGGAACAGAUUCAGCAUGCAGUGGCCAACGAUGCAACUGGCGAGCCAAUCUUGCAGUGGGCAGACGACAUGCAACAGGAGACCCAUCACGAGAGCAAGAUGGCGGCAGCAUCAAGGAUACACAUGCACAAACAGGUGCAUGAUGGUUGCCGCGAAGCAUCAGAAGAGUGGGAGAAAGCUGAGAUGGCUUUGUCACAGGUGUUGAAAUCCAAAAAACGCAUGAAGGAUCCACAUGGUCAAUUUCGCUUGCCGGCUUUUGAUGGAGAGAAACCUCACACUGCACCCAGUGCUGAACUGUCUGGCCUUGACUCGGAGGAGCGGUCCCGCAACCUCUCUCAGACCAGAUCUGCAGCCGUCCUCGAACGUGCGCGUUUGAUGCGAUGCAGGGCGGCCGAGGCCAGCAAAAAGCUGAAGGACCACGCCAAGCGACGAUUGCGUGUAAAGAUUUCAGAAAUCCUGAGAGAAGUGCAUCGACGUCAAAACUUAAGGCGGCACCAGGAAAAAGUUUGGACCUUUCGAGAGGAAAGACAUAAGAUCGGCCGUGGUCCGGCUGCAUCCAUCGGUGAUGCUGAUGACUUUGCCCUGGGUCUCGGUGCCGAUGAGUUCGAGGAUGCGACACCUCGUAGGCGUUGCAUUCUGGACUCGCUGUCCUUGGAGGAACUUGACCUCGUUAGAUCAAAUCCUCGGUGGUAUUUGGAGUCCAUGGACUCAGAUUUCGAGGACUACGACAUGUCCGGAAAUCGCGAGCGGCUUAUCGACUUCUUCACACCUGCCCGGAAGGACAAAAACGUGUCCAUUGAAUGCUACGCCCAGCGGUUGCGUGCUAGACUAGCUGCUGCUGAAGCACAGGAUUUGCAUGAUUCUGUCCCCAGCCAGAAAAGAAGUUGGCAAGCGUUUGGCGAGUCCUCAGGUGGCUUUUCCCAGUCCUAUUCAAGCCUUGGCCGUGCAGGAAGUGCUCAAACGAGCUUAAUGCAAGCCAGCACGACAAGUUUACCGGCGGACAUUUCACAGAUGUCAACAGUUGCUAGCUUUGGACGUAGAGAGCCAAUUCGAGAUGACCGUGCCUCUCCAACGAUGCAAAAGGUUUGGGAGAAGCGUCGCAGAAAGGAGGAGAGAGAUGCACAGAUCUUGGAAUCUCGUCGUCUUGCGGCUGAAGAGCGCAUGGUGAGAAAUGCCUUCAACGUGAGCCAGCAGAUCCGCGACUAUGAAUCGACCCAAUCGAAGUACAAGGAGCUUCAUCAGCUCCGGAUGGCAGAGGCCUUGGAGCGCAAGGCUGCACAAGAUGCUCAGGAACGGCUGGCGGUGCUCGAUGAGGUGAAGCUUCGCAAGAUGCGGCGGGCCUUGGACAUUGCAGACGAACAGCUGGAGCUCAAAAGGGACCGGGUCAGCGAUGCCUUGAAGGUUUGGCAAGCUAGUGUUCGCCGGUGCCGACGCCAUGCAAUAGCUGAGGAACGGAAGGCCAAAGCCAACUUGGAAUCUAGGCAAGAAGCUUACCUGGCUCGGCUGACCAAGGCUGGCAAGUUCAGAAGCGAGAAGAUGGAGACGCAAGCGCAAAAGAACGACAAGCUCAAGUCCAGGAUUCAAGUCUCACUGAUGCAGCAGUUGGAUGAGCAAAGAAAACUGGAUUGUGAUCGGCUUGCCUUGGAGACGGAAGAGAAGUUGGAAGCUGCCAGAUAUCGGCGCUAUCGGAACUUCAAUAAGUACAACUUCCUGGAGCGCGCCUUUGGAGAGCAGGUUCCUUUUGACCACAAAUUUGCCUACACGUCGUCUCUGAAGAACCAAUCGCGACUAAAGUCAAUGAGCUCAAAGCUGAACCUGGACUGAGAACGAGCUUGACGCCGCCUGGGAACGAUGAAGUGCACCUGCUUCGAGUCGGUUCCCUUUGGUAUUUUCUUUUUAAGCUCAUCAUGGUCUAAAACAGUAUCCAGCCUGAUCCAGCCGUUGCUUUUUAAAAACUCCUAGUUUCACGCCACAUUGAGGGUGUUGCGCAUUGCGCAACAUGUUGGUCUCAAAGCAGCAACACAACCGCUAGCAUGUCCAAAGACAUGUUGCAGCAAAA